UAAAUGCUUAACUUCAAGCUGUAACUGGGAAGUGAAAUUCUAAAGAAUUACUGUAAAUUUUUCAAAAGGGGAGAUGCAGACUCACAGGAAAUCAGAAGACUAAGGAUGGCACAACAGCAGGCCUUGAGAUUCCGAGGCCCGGCUCCCCCACCAAAUGUAGUGAUGAGAGGCCCACCACCUCUUCUGCGGCCUCCGCCACCUUUUGGUAUGAUGCGAGGCCCUCCACCACCACCUCGGCCCCCUUUUGGACGUCCUCCUUUUGAUCCUAAUAUGCCGCCAAUGCCUCCUCCAGGAGGGAUUCCUCCACCUAUGGGCCCUCCGCACCUCCAGAGACCACCUUUUAUGCCUCCACCCAUGGGAACCAUGCCUCCUCCUCCGGGUAUGAUGUUUCCACCAGGAAUGCCUCCUGUGACUGCUCCUGGUACUCCAGCAUUGCCUCCUACUGAAGAGAUAUGGGUUGAAAAUAAAACUCCAGAUGAGAAGGUUUAUUAUUAAAAUGCUGGGACACGUGAAUCUGCAUGGAAACCAGAUGGAGUUAAGGUUAUUCAGCAGUCAGAACUGACACCUAUGCUUGCAGCCCAGGCUCAGGUUCAGGCCCAAGCCCAGGCCCAGGCCCAGGCCCAGGCGCAGGCACAAGCUCAAGUGCAGGCCCAGGCCCAGGCCCAGGUGCAGGCCCAGGCUCAGGCACAAGCACAGGCUCAGGCGCAGGCCCAGGCUCAGGCCCAGGUGCAGGCUCAAGUACAAGCACAAGCAGUAGGAGCUUCCACCCCUACAACCAGUAGCCCAGCACCUGCAGUGUCCACUUCAACAUCAUCAUCCACCCCAUCCUCUACCACUUCUACCACAACAACUGCCUCUUUGGUUUCGCAGACAGUAUCAACCACACCUGUGCAAACUGUUCCCCAGCCGCAUCCCCAGACGUUACCUCCUGCUGUUCCUCAUUCAGUACCUCAGCCAGCAGCAGCAAUACCUGCCUUUCCACCAGUAUUGGUACCUCCGUUUCGUGUUCCCCUUCCUGGCAUGCCAAUUCCACUUCCAGGUGUGUUGCCAGGCAUGGCCCCUCCUAUCGUACCUAUGAUACAUCCCCAGGUUGCUAUUGCAGCUUCCCCUGCUACCUUAGCUGGAGCGACGGCAGUUUCUGAGUGGACUGAAUAUAAAACAGCGGAUGGAAAGACCUAUUACUAUAAUAAUAGAACUUUAGAAUCAACCUGGGAAAAACCCCAAGAGCUAAAGGAAAAAGAAAAAUUAGAGGAGAAGAUUAAAGAGCCAAUUAAAGAACCUUCUGAAGAACCUCUGCCAAUGGAGACGGAGGAGGAGGACCCUAAAGAAGAGCCAAUAAAGGAGAUAAAGGAGGAGCCCAAAGAGGAGGAGAUGACUGAAGAAGAAAAGGCUGCCCAGAAGGCAAAGCCAGUAGCUACUACCCCUAUUCCCGGUACUCCAUGGUGUGUCAUUUGGACUGGUGAUGAGCGGGUCUUCUUUUAUAAUCCUACCACCUGUCUUUCUAUGUGGGACCGACCUGAUGAUCUGAUUGGAAGGGCAGAUGUUGACAAAAUUAUUCAGGAGCCUCCUCAUAAAAAAGGAAUGGAAGAAGUGAAGAAACUAAGACAUCCAAUUCCCACAAUGCUGUCCAUCCAAAAAUGGCAGUUUUCUAUGAGUGCAAUUAAAGAAGAACAAGAAUUAAUGGAAGAACUUAAUGAAGAUGAACCUGUUAAGGCCAAAAAACGGAAGAGAAUGUCAAAGAAGUCCUUUAUGUGGAUUGCCCGAGCUUCUCUAUUUAGGAAAGACGAUAAUAAAGACAUUGAUUCAGAGAAAGAAGCUGCGAUGGAAGCUGAAAUUAAAGCUGCCCGAGAAAGGGCCAUUGUCCCUCUGGAGGCCCGAAUGAAGCAGUUCAAGGACAUGCUGCUAGAGAGAGGGGUGUCUGCUUUUUCAACAUGGGAGAAGGAGUUGCACAAGAUAGUUUUUGAUCCUCGGUACUUACUUCUCAAUCCUAAAGAGAGAAAACAGGUAUUUGAUCAGUAUGUAAAGACGAGGGCAGAAGAACAACGCAGGGAAAAGAAAAACAAAAUAAUGCAAGCCAAGGAAGAUUUCAAAAAAAUGAUGGAAGAAGCAAAAUUUAAUCCCAGAGCUACUUUUAGUGAAUUUGCAGCCAAGCAUGCUAAAGAUUCAAGAUUCAAAGCGAUUGAAAAGCUGAAAGAUCGAGAAGCCUUGUUUAAUGAAUUUGUGGCAGCUGCAAGAAAGAAAGAGAAAGAAGAUUCGAAGACCAGAGGUGAGAAGAUUAAAUCAGAUUUCUUUGAACUGUUAUCUAAUCAUCACCUGGACAGUCAGUCUCGAUGGAGCAAAGUGAAAGACAAAGUAGAAAGUGACCCACGUUACAAAGCAGUGGACAGUUCAUCAAUGAGAGAAGACCUUUUCAAACAGUAUAUUGAAAAAAUAGCCAAGAAUUUAGACUCAGAAAAAGAAAAGGAGCUUGAAAGGCAAGCCCGCAUUGAGGCAAGCCUUCGAGAAAGAGAAAGAGAGGUCCAAAAGGCUCGUUCAGAGCAAACAAAAGAAAUAGACAAGAGAGAGCAACACAAACGAGAAGAAGCUAUCCAGACUUUCAAGGCUCUUUUGUCUGACAUGGUAUGGUCUUCGGAUGUGUCAUGGUCUGAUACUCGGAGGACUCUGCGGAAAGAUCACCGUUGGGAAUCUGGAUCCUUGUUGGAAAGAGAGGAGAAAGAGAAGCUUUUUAAUGAACACAUUGAAGCACUUACCGAAAAGAAGAGGGAGCACUUUAGGCAACUUCUGGAUGAAACUUCUGCAAUUACCUUAACAUCCACAUGGAAAGAAGUAAAAAAAAUCAUUAAAGAAGAUCCUCGGUGCAUUAAGUUCUCCUCCAGUGACAGGAAAAAACAAAGAGAAUUUGAAGAAUACAUCAGAGACAAAUACAUCACAGCCAAAGCUGACUUCAGGACGCUUUUGAAAGAGACCAAAUUUAUAACCUAUAGAUCCAAAAAGCUAAUCCAGGAAUCUGAUCAGCACCUGAAAGAUGUAGAAAAAAUCUUGCAGAACGACAAACGGUAUCUAGUACUAGACUGUGUGCCCGAGGAGAGGCGUAAAUUGAUUGUGGCAUAUGUGGACGACCUGGACUGCCGGGGUCCACCCCCGCCUCCCACAGCGUCAGAGCCCACAAGACGAUCAACAAAAUAAUUCUCAGUACUCUUCCACAGGGGGAUCUUCAUUCAGAACGCUUGCAUGAGCCAAUUUUCAGGUUUUUACAUGUAUGUGCAUUAGUCAAACUAUUGCAGAACCAUCUGACGAACAGAAGGAGAAGCAUUCGUGAACCGUUUCUGAACAGAGAACACUUUGGAAAUAAUUUAUGCUUUUCUUUGUGUGGCAUGACUGACAUACAUACUCAAAUAUAGGCUGUCUCUAGUAAAUCUAAAAUCUCGAAGCUAAAAAUCAUCCUUUUAUGAGGUGUGGAAGUCAGUGACUUUGGUGACGUUCUUUCUAGCAGUGUUAAACAUGCAAGACGUAAGAGCAUUUGUGGUUUGAACUCACAAAAUGCAAAUACCACAGACUCCAAGAAAACCUAAGUUGGGGGUUGUUUUGUUUUGAUUUUGUUUUUUAAAGCGGGUAAAAGAGAAAACACUGAAAAUUGAAUUCUUAUCUUCCAGAGGCUAAGAUUAUUAUAAUGGACAUACUUUUACCUUUGUCUCUAAAGAACACUUUAGUUUUGUUUGUUCACUUAUGUGCUUUGAUUAUCCCCUCAGAAUUAGAGGCCAAGUCUUGUUGUUUAGCCUAAGAGAAGAUUUAUUUAGCAAUUUCUUCUCAGAUAUGGAACCAUGGUCAUAACUAACAUGUUGGUCAGAAUAGGACUGCUGGUUAAACACAUUUUAUUUACCAUUAAGUGAUCUUUAUCAAUAUUCUGGAUUAGACAACAAAUUAUCUUUCUUGGGUGUUCCCUGUAAACUAUACUCCUGUUUGAAUGUUAAACUUU